ACAGAUGUUUUGUAGAGUCUGUUAAGAAGCUUUAUCUUUCCUUUUUUAAAAUUUAAUUUUUGUCUUUAAUGGUGAUUUGGGGGAUGGGUGACAAAUGCGCUGUACAGUCGAGGGCGCUAAAGACAUCGUUUAUAAACAUAAGAGAUCAGAGGCCGUUCGUACAACGUUAUCAAAUAUGCACUUUUCGAAAUGAAAACCAAUACAGCUAAUGUUUCGUCUGUGUCAUCUGCAGGAGAGGAUCUAGGAUCAGACUGCUUUGUUCGAGUCAGAAAGCGAGACUUGGAGAAACUGGAGGCAGAAGUCAGGACACUACGAGAGCUUAUGCCAAAAGUAAUCAAUAGUGACUAUAUUGAUACUAUCCAUAAAGGACGGUCUCUGGACGCAUUUAAAGAGCGCAGUGACCGUGAGCAGCAGCAACAGAGAGAGGAUUGUUUGCACAUCCGCUCCAGACUAGAUGUUGCUCUGAGCGAGUGUCAGAGAGAGAGACAGGAUAAGUUGGUUUUAAAGCAGCAGUUAAGGGAGUGCAAAGAGGAGCUGCAGCAGCAGAAAGCAUUUUGUACUGAGCUGGGCACUGCAUCUUGCACCCUGCUCUGGAGUGCGUCCCAAAGCGAGGAAGCAAUCAGAGACAUACUGGCUGCUGGAAAACUGGAGCCCUUCCUGAGCAUUGCAGGUCAAACCCUGGAGACUUUCAUCAAGUUUCUGAAUGACGAGGCAAAGCCACAACAGAGUUACAAUUCAAAAGAGCAUCAUUUAGUUCUGGCUCUGGCUGGCGUCAUUACCAAUAUAGCUGCUGUGUCUUGUGGACGGGACUUCUUAUCCUCUUCUGCCCACAUCCUGUUGGAUACUUUGUUGCAGCUGCUGUAUCUAAUGAAACCAGGAGUGUUUCCAAAACUCAAAGUAUUGAUGUUAAUGGCUCUAUAUAACAUCACUAUUAGUGUGAAUGGGCUGAAGCUCAUAAGUGAGAGCCCUGGACUUCUACCUCUUCUGAGCACCCUUCUGGAAGACCCUGACCCAGAAGUGUGUCUGCAGUCAUUGAGGCUCCUUCAGUCCUUACUGCUGGAGAGAGAGGUCAUGUCACACAUUACAACUGAUUUUCUGAGCUCUUUUCCACUCAGAUGUAUUCACCAUCUAGCUUCAAGCCGCCACCCCGCUCUCAAGCAAACAGCUCAGGAGACACUGGAAGAUUUGGCUAGCUUUACAAACUCCCAGACUAAAGACUCAGAGAAGGAGCAGUGAAGCCCAGGCCUUCAUACUCACUUAAAAAUGUAGGUCUAGGUCCAGCAAACCGCAUACUAAUUCUAAAACUUGGCCAUGUUCAAACCUAGAGAUUUCCAAGAAUUAGUUUUCAUUCCACAGUUUGAUAGUUUAGUCAUCUUGUACUGUCUUAGGCCCUUGAAGUGACUUCUACAGAACUUUCUAAGCUUUAUUUGUGACGUAAAUGCUGAACACCUCUAUAGAUAGAUGUGCAUGUCUUUUAUAAAAUGUGAGAAG